AGCCCAUGAUUCUCUCGCGCAGAUUACCCCACCAACCAUCUCACUUCGCUACCAUCCAUGGCCGCCUCCCUCCUCCGCCUCUCCCGGCCCCGCCGCGCGCUCCUCCCACUCUCCGCCCUCCGCCUCCAACUCUCCACCCAGCCCCUCCCCCAGCCCCGGGAACCCUCCUCCAGCCCCACACGGGGCCUCCCCGCCUUCCUCUCCUUCCUCGCCGCCGCCGCAGCAGCAGGCGGAACAACCGCCACCGUCGCCUUCUGCGAUUCCGACGGCCGCGACCACCGGGUCGGCGGCAAGGAGAGCACCGAGCUGGUGGUGCGCGGGGAGCGCAAGCGGGUGCCGCAGGAGUUCGUCGACGAGCUCGCCUCCUUCCUCGGGGAGAACCUGACAGUGGACCUCGAGGAGAGGAGCUUCCACGGGACGCCGCAGAACAGCUUCCACAAAUCGGUCAACGUGCCCGACGUCGUCGUCUUCCCAAAGUCCCAGGAUGAGGUACGGAGGAUUGUGAUGGCUUGUAACAAGUACGAGGUGCCAAUUGUACCAUAUGGUGGGGCUACAUCAAUUGAAGGCCACACCUUGGCACCUCAUGGUGGUGUUUGCAUUGACAUGUCUUCAAUGAAGAAAAUCAAAUCCCUGCAUAUCGAGGAUAUGGAUGUAGUUGUUGAACCAGGAGUUGGAUGGAUAGAGCUGAAUGAAUACCUGAAACCCUAUGGCCUUUUUUUCCCUCUUGACCCAGGACCUGGAGCCACUAUUGGUGGAAUGUGCGCUACGCGAUGUUCUGGUUCAUUAGCUGUGAGGUAUGGGACUAUGCGGGACAAUGUGAUCAAUCUUCAGGCUGUUUUACCAAAUGGUGAUGUUGUCAAGACCGGUUCUCGGGCUCGAAAGAGUGCAGCUGGAUAUGACCUUGCUCGGUUGAUCAUUGGAAGUGAAGGAACUUUGGGGGUAAUUACAGAAGUGACUUUACGGCUUCAAAAGCUUCCGUCUCAUUCUGUGGUUGCCAUGUGCAAUUUUCAAACUAUUAAGGAUGCUGCUGAUGUCGCUAUUGCAACAAUGCUUUCUGGUAUACAGGUCUCAAGAGUAGAACUGUUGGACGAGGUUCAGAUAAGGGCAAUAAACUUGGCAAAUGGUAAAAGCUUGCCUGAAGUGCCGACCUUGAUGUUUGAGUUCAUAGGGACAGAAGCAUAUGCACUUGAACAAACACUGCUGGUUCAAAAGAUUGCUGCAGAACACCAUGGGUCCGAUUUUGUUUUUGUAGAAGAGCCGAAUGCUAAAGAGGAGCUGUGGAAGAUCAGAAAGGAGGCACUUUGGGCUGGUUUUGCCAUGAAACCUGAUCAUGAAGCUAUGAUAACGGACGUUUGUGUUCCAUUGUCUAGACUUGCAGAAUGCAUAUCUGUAUCUAAGCGACUGCUUGAUGCAUCACCAUUGACCUGUUUGGUUAUCGCCCAUGCUGGCGAUGGAAAUUUCCACACAAUUAUCCUAUUUGAGCCGAGUCAGGAGGAUCAGCGACGAGAAGCAGAGAGACUAAACCAUUUCAUGGUUCAUACUGCCCUGUCUAUGGAAGGUACAUGCACAGGAGAGCAUGGUGUUGGCACAGGGAAGAUGAAGUACCUGGAGAAGGAGCUGGGGAUCGAGUCACUGAGGACGAUGAAAAGGAUAAAAGCCGCGCUGGAUCCCAACAACAUCAUGAAUCCAGGGAAGCUCAUCCCACCCCACGUCUGCAUAUGACUGACGUCCCCAAGCUCUUCCCUGCCUGCCUGAUUCGCCAAGUGCUUCUCCUCUAGUGGGAGCUGAUGAGCCAUCGAGCAUCACCGGAUGCGUCGAUUCUUCAACUGGCUGGAUCCGUUAUUCACCAAAUAACUACAUGUGUCGCAGGAAAAUCACAUCUGUCAGGAGUGUGAUGCAAGGAUAAAUAAACUGGUCCAUGUUUGCUCAAAAGAGCUGGCCCAUGUGUUAGAAAUAAAAAGGAGCAGAAACGUUGUUA